GGUAGCAGGAAAACAUACAUCCUAUUGACCAUUAAUGUUGGUUCUCACUCGCGGUCGCUCAUCUUCUCUCCUACGUGGAGUUGUGUGAGUCCACCGAGGACACUAGACUUGUAUAUCAUGCGCGCAUGUGGCCACAUAGUGAUUUGUGGAGACAGGAGAGGGAAGUAUUAAAAGGUGAACAUUCUCCAUUUAGUCAUUAUUUCCUGCUGAAACACCCAGACUCCCAACAGCUUCUUCGGAUGGUUUCUCACCUAUAAUGUCCAAUAUGGAUUUUGAGAGUCCUGACGUAGAGAAGGAGUUUCCUGGUCUCUACGCUUCUGAGUCCUCUAGACGCAGCGAUAGUGAUUACGGAGACAGCGGACAUGAGAGAGAAGGAAAGAAGGAAUUGUUGAGAAGUAAGAAGAAAGACAAGAAGGAGAAAAAUAAAGAUAAAGGCUAUGCAGCAUUAGGAGAGGACAGUUCACCUGACGAGAUGGAUCAGUCCGAUACCAAGAGUCCACUGAAGCCUAAGAAGCCUAAAUCCUUCAAAUUUUUACAUAAAAGAGAAAAAGAUAAAGAGGAGAAGGAAAAAGAGAGAGAAAAAGAUAAAGAUGACAGAAGAGAUGACAAAAGAAGAGAUGGCAGAAAGAGGGAGAAGGAAGAUAAAAAAGAAGAGAAAAAAAAGGAAAAAGAAGAAAAGAAGGGUGAUAAGCGGAAAGAAAAAGAAGAUAAGAAAGGAGAUAAGAAGAAAGAAAAAGAAAAAGAAAAGGAAGAGAGAAGAAGAGAGAAAGAAGAAAAGAAAAAAAGUAAAAAAGAUAAGAAAAAGAAAGUUGAGGAAGAAUUUGAAGAGGAGCUACCAGUGUUUGGUGUGCCCCAAACUAAAGGGAAUAACUUGAGGAUCCCAUUAAAUAUAAAAUCAUAUUCCUCAGGUCUUCACUGUGAAGGUAUCUAUAGGUUGAGUGGAGUGAAGAGCAAAGUGCAACACCUUCGUCGCCAUUACAAUUCAGGAGACCCUGUCAGACUCAAAGACCAGGAACCUCAUGUUGUUGCCUCGCUACUCAAGCAGUAUCUCAGGGAAUUACCAGAACCGGUGCUAACAGUAGACAUGAUGCCACAUUUUGAAGAUGUUGCAAUGAUACCUAAUCCAGCAGAGCGAGCAGAAGCCAUGAGACAGCUGAUCGACAGACUUCCUACCGCUAACAGAUUGCUUGUUCAGUACAUGUUCAAACAUAUGGGUCACAUAAUUGCACGGGAGCGAGAUACAAAAAUGAAUUACCAGAAUGUAAGCAUUGUACUCUCUCCAACAAUGCAGAUCUCACAUCGUGUUCUCAACGUUUUGUUCUUGAAUCAUCCUUAUCUCUUUGGUAAUGUUGUAAUCAAAAGAUACGUCCCUCCCAUUCGAAGUACUGGUGGCGAACGAACAAUUGACCAGUUGCGGACAGUUGCAGAAAUUGCAGAAGAGAUGAUGAAGCAAGAGUCUCUCUUGGGAAAUCUUCAUGCUCAAGUGGCAAAAGGAAAUGUCUCAAGAAGGAAAGAGGAAAGGCUCUGGGAAGCUCAGAGAAUAGUAACUCUAUUGAAGAGAAAAUUAAGAUCAGCACAAAGAAGAGAAGAAGAAGAGAGGCAAAGAGGAGGGAGUGGUGAUAGAAGAAAGGAUGAAUUGUCAGUGGAGUUUGAAAAGGAAUCUACCUCGGAAGAUUCCCAGAAAGACACAGAUAUGGAGAGAGAAGACAUAUCUUCUAAAGAGGCUGCUUCAGAUGAUUCAAAGCAUGGUAGUGAAAGUGAAAAUAGUAGUGGAUAUUAUAGAAAAACAUCAAAAUCCAAAAACAAUAUAACUGUAGUGAAUGUGAGUGUGGAUUCUCUGAGUAGUAAUGAGAAGGAUAAACAAGGUAAUGAAGACAAUGUUAAAGAUGUAUCUCAUGUAGCAAACUCAACUGUAGUUUCUGCUUCACAACCUCCCACAACAAUUCCAGCCCUUCCUAAACCUGUGUCAGCACGAACUGAAAGAAACAAGAUGGCUCAAGCCUUACAGAGUGACAAUAGAGAACAAUCUAGUGAGAAGCCUGUUCCAGUUGUUGUAGAAGGCACGAGUAGUAGUGGGGAUGGUGCCGACGAGUCAGUGGAGAAAAUAACUCGGGCAGACAAACCAGUUCAGGAAUCGACAAAGAAUCUCAGAGUGGAAGAGCAUUGUGGACAUGUUACUGUGAUCCAGGUUGGAGUAGGUAGUAGUGGGGCAAGUGAAGGACAGUGUCACUCGGGUGCUACUCGACAUGAUCAGUCUCAGGUAUUAGUUAAUCAGAGGCCAGAAAUUAAAAGAUUAGCUGUAGAAAAAACAUCCCUGAGAGAAACACGUAGCCUGGAUGAUUCAAGAGGAAGAGGUGAUAAUGAAUACCAAUUACUGUUAACUCAAGAGGCCAUAGUUCAGGCUCACCAUGAGGAGCUCUUGUCCAUGAACCAUGACCUGAUGCGCAAGCUGCAGGCAGAGCGGGCCGAGAUCACUCGGCUGAGAGAGGAAAUACAGGAGAUGCAGACACUGUAUGGUUAUAGGACCUACUCAUAUGACAGCAGUGAGAGUGAGGGUAGUGAAAGUGAUGGGGAGAGUGACACAGAGGAGGAGAUGCUCAGUCAGCUCUCUUCUGUUUCAAAGGCCAACGCUUCACUUCAGGAGGAAAACCUGGCUCUUACGAGGCGCAUACAAGAGGAGCGUGAAGCUGUGGUCCAUCUUCGUGUCCAGCUCCAACAGGCUCACUGGAAAUGCUUCCCACACCAAUCCCCCAUUGCUCCCGUCUGCUAGCUGGUGUUACCAUUAUGCAUUUUUAUCUAACCAUCAUGAUUUUCCAUUCUUCCAUCUUGGGAGUAUGUCAUGGCUGUUAUUAGGAUAGGGCCUCCAUAAACAAAAUAUCGUAACAUAGUGAAAAGUAAGUAUUAUAUAUGAUAUGAAGUUCAUGUUUCAGUGAUAUCUUUUGUAAUGAAAGGUUUUUAAUUAGUGCACAAGCCUGGUAAGGUCUCAGAACUUUUCUUAGCUAAUAAGCCAGUUUUGAGGUCAUGUAUGGGUAUUUUCAUAAGAUGAAAAUUGUUUAUCAUUUUCAUUCAGUAACAGUAGUAACAGUGUGAAUGCAAUUAAAAAUCAAAUCUGUAUCAGCCUGUAUCAAAAUAUAUUGGUUUUGUACAUUUUUAAAGGGAGAUUGUGGGCAGAAUUUUUUUUUAUUUUAUUUUAUUUUUUUUUUUUUACAAAAUGUCCAUAACACUUACAUAGGUUAAAGAAAGCUAACACUACCUACCUUUUGAUUUUGGUACCUGGUUUUCACCUUCACCAAUAGCCUACAGCCAGACUUUAAUAUUAGUGAAGGCAAGGCAACAUUAUGGUCACCUUAAUCAAUGCCAGUCCAUUCUUGUUUUUAGAAACAUUUCAUAAAAGUUUGUUUUACAACUAUUUUCUUACAAGAUAUUUCUAACUGUAGAAUGAAGUGGUAUUAUGUAAGGCUAAACAUGACAAGUUGUGUACUUACAUAUCAUAGUAGGUGGCAAACUAAGAUAGGUAUUGAAUACUACUAUGAGCACUGAACAACACUAGUUGACUUUCAGUAAAAAAAUUCAAUGUAGCCAAGAAACAGAGAAAACUUGCUACCUGUUUUACUGAAAUAUGGCUGUAAUUGUUCAGACAUUGAGACGGUAAAUAAUGUAUAGUACAUAGGAAGUGCCAAAUAACAAUUCAAAUGUUAUUCCUAUGUCAGAGGUAGAUAUUUUUAAGAGUUCCUCCAUGAUUUCAUAAUUUUGGUAUCUCUCAUCUUAAUUGAUAUAAUCAAGUUAAAGAGUGAUUGUGCUUUACAGGAGACUUUUUAAGAAAUUUUGAUAAAGAUUUUCUACUUAACAAGAAUAAGGUGUCUUUGCUGUACCUUAAUUUGUUGCAAGGCUGAAGUCUAGCAUUCAGAAAGUAUAUACAUUCUAUUAUCAAUGAUGAACGUUCAUUUGUUAGAAGAGGCAGAUUUUCAGAAUAUAUAUGGUUUUAAAAAUAGGGGUAAAUAAUUUGUUCUCUGGUUAUUGUAAUACUGUACAUGACAUUUGGCAAGGAAUUACCCCAGGAUAGCCGUCAAGAGUGCCUACCAUAUAUAACUGCUCAUCUGCUGGCCUAGCUAUUUUCCCACCUUACCAAAUUUGUUGUCAGCAAAUAUAUGACCAGUUGUUAAUGCUCUUGCACAACCCACAAUUUGACAGAAUACACUAUAUCUCCUUUACAUUGCAUAUAACAUAUGGCAAUUAAUUAUGGUAAUGAUAGUUUACCUCAGAGAAUGAGGUAUUUUUGUACACUUUAAUUCACCAGCUGCAUGUUGUAUAAUUCACCAGCUGUGUGUUGUAUUAUUUACCAGUUGUGUGUUGUCUUAUUCAUCAGCUGUGUUGUAUUGGUAUUCCUGGUGCAUUAGUCCUGCAAUGGGCCUCGGUGUAAUGACUGGUAUAUAAAGUUGAGCUUUUAUUUUCAUUAAUCUCAAUUUCUUUUUUGUUUAAAUGUUCUAUUUUUGUUAAUGUUAAUAUGUGUGUUUCAUUUUCUAGUGUUCUCUUAUAUGCAAUCUAUCAUACUGUUCUUGCAAUCAUUAGCAAAUGAAAUAUAUAAAUUAAGAUUGAUAAAAUCAAAGAAACUGAUAUUUAAGUAAAAACAAAACAUUUAGAUUAAUAAAAAUAAAAGCUAGACUUUACAUACUAGUCAUUACAUCAACAGUAGCAGGUGUCUGCUUGCCUGGUUUUGAUCAUUUAUUUGCCAGCCAAAAUCAAGCGGGUAUUUCUUUUUGGUUUGCAUUUACCUGAAUGCAAACCAAAAUGUAAAAUACCAUUUCAUUAAAAUGUAAUAUACUGUAGUGGAUUCUUUUGUGGAGGAUUCCCCUUGAUGGCUCCAUGGAGCUGUCAUGCUGAGAUUGCUCCUAAGAGCUAUGUCACAUCAAUUGUGGGAGUUCUGUUUGGCCUACCAGGGACCUGAGCCUGAACCUUGCCCUCCCCCCCUCACAGAGACAUAGAGAGCAGGUGACACUUCCCCAACCCACAGUGUAAACAUCCAGAAAAUCAGUGAAGCAUUACAGACCACUACAAGGUUCAUAGGAAUUAAAGCCAUUUAAAUUGAUAAACAAUUCCCCAAACAAUUAAAAUGUAAUGAUUAAAUCACUGAACACUUGCUAGACCUCUUUGUACCAACAAACCAUCACCAGGGUAGGCUGGAACCCCGGCCCUCCACCAACUCACCCUUGGCAGUUCUGUCACUGAUGUGGUGUCAUCCACACUACAUCAAUGCUCCUGUUUGCCAACCAGUUACAGUGGAUUCUUCUGCUUCUAAGCUAAGCUUUAGGUGCAUGUUUUCUAUCCAGUUUGUUGUGUGGGUUUGGCUCAUUUUGUGGUUCGGUUUGUGUGGGUUGAGGGUUUUCUUACUUCAAUACUCGCUGGCACUACACCUUCACUGACAGUUACUGCUCUGUUGUGUUCGGGUGUUCACCCUUUCAAGCCCAGGCCUCCUAGGUGAUGUGUCUCAACUCGAGUAGUUCACAGGCCACCCUGGUGAGGUGUCUUACCUCAAGUACUGUAGUUAAGAUUAUUUCACUACUCUGUUCAGGCCCCAUGGUGGGAGGCAUUCAAUUUGGUUGGGUUGGAAUACACUGGGAUUUGCAGUGUAUACACACUUGUUCAAAUGGCACACUGUAACCACCCUGCACAGCUUCAUGCCUGUGAUUGCAUGUGGUGACUGUUCUUCCAGCCUGGGUGCCCUGUUCAGGUAAUUACUUUCAGGUCCUAGAAAUUUCCCCGUGUCUUUUUUACGUACUUCUCUAUGGAUCGACCCAUUGAGCCUGCACUCGUUACAAGUGAGUCUCAAGGGUGUUCAUUGCCUUUGGUAGGUGACUAUGUUUAUUCUUUUUCCCUCUGCCAUAUUACCUAUUGGGUCAGUGAUACCUGUGAUCCGGAGUCUUGCAUCUCAUAUCCAUUUUUGGUCUCAAUUCUCUCUCAGCCUCCCUCAUCUUAAGGUUUAAUGGACAGCUGCUGCUUAACAGAUUUGGUUUCCCAUUUUUGGGUUAGUGGCAUGGUGGUCAUAUGGACGUCAAAGAGUUAGAUUCACUGUGUGUAGAGUAUUGGAGCUUGGGGUAUUUGUUUACUCUGCCUGGAGUAACAUUCCCUCGGGGGUGUGGUUCACCCUGCAUCUUGUCUGCUUCUUCCUGGUCCUGCCUCUGUUGCAUCUGCUGGUUUCGGAAUUAGGGGUGGAGUUUUUUUCUCUGGGAGUGUAGGGUGGCCCCAUCCUUUCGACAGUGGAGGCAGUUGAGCCAUCUCUUAUUACCGGGGUGUGUAGAAUCUUCCUAGCCGCUUAAUUCCUUUGCUCCCUCUCCAUAGGACAUCACCUUCUCUCCUUUGCAUUGGGCAGGAUUAAAUGGCUCCUGGGGCUGUCAUGGCUGGCUUCUGCAGUUGUGGGGGAGCCCAGGGGACACCCAUGGGUGUUUUGGUCCCCUGUUUCUCCUGUGGAAGGGUUUUUUGUUGCUGGGAGCCAGUUUUUCUUAUCCCCCUUCAUGGUGUGUGUGUGUUUCCUUGGUAGCUUCCCCCAGGGUUUGGUGCCAUGUACAGUUUGAUGCUUCAGUCUGCAUUGUGGGGGGUUUUGGUCUCCUUGCAGUACCAUGUCAGUGGCCUGUUCGGACCUGUUUCGAUACCACUCACAAGAUUUGAAUGGCAUUUCUGUGUUGACUGCUUUGUGGGCUGAUCUGUUUCCUUGGUCCCCAGUUCCAAGGCUCACAUUUCUUAGGAUGUCCAGUGUUAUUAAAUCUAGCUAGCCUGUGGUCUACCCUCAUGCCCAUGAUGUUUGUGGAUACACUGCACUGGUGGUGGUGGUUUCUACCAUGUCCUGGGUAAGACCCUUAUUUUUUCUCCAUAGUUAGCUUCAGGGAGCCACCGAGGGGCUUCUCUAAAAUACAAGUGUUGAAUGUAAUGAAAUGCUUCUUUCUAGUAGAACCCUGGUAGCUCCCUGAUGCCCUUCCUUGCUACCAGGUAAUUGGUUGGUGGGUUGUGGGGUUCAUCUGCUCCUGAACUGACAGGAGAACUGGUGGAGGACCGGGGUUCCAGGCUUCCUGGUGGCAGUUUGUUGGUUCUAUGGGUCCGAGCUAGUUUUGAGUGAUCUGAUCAUCUCAUUUUAAUUGGAAUUUUGGUUCCUGCAAACCUUGCAGUUGUCUGUAAUGCUUUGCUGACUUUCUGGAUGCUUUCCCAGUGGCAGUGGUGAAGUGUCAUCUGCUCUCUUUGCCACUGUGAGGCAGCCAAAUUCUGACUCUGGUUCCCAGUAGGCUAAACAGAACUCCUGUGACUGAUGUAACCUAGUUCGGAAUAGAUAGGAUCAAUCUUGGCAAAAGAGUUUCUGGAAGCCAGCGGGACUCUACCAGAAAGGGGCAUUUCAUUACAUUCAAUGUUGAUGAUUUUUCUUUUUGCAUUUAAAUAUUGGUUAAAAUCAAAUACUGUACACUAAAUUGAUUUUGUUACUAUGGAUUUGCUCAAGGAUAUUAGCUGAACUAUUAUUAUUAGAGGAGGGCAAAUAUUUCAAGUCAUAUGCAGUAUAGUCAUUAUUUUAUAAUCAUCAUCACUUAUGAUAACAAUACAUCUUUAUAUUGCCCUAAAAUCUUGCAAAAUAGAUUUUGAAUUAUAUUAGUCAUUAUAAUGUAGGAUUGUUUGGUACUUGGUAAGAGGAGAGUGGUUAAAUUGCUCAUUUAAUUUUCUAAAGUUACAUUCACAAAGAUUAAUUUUGUUUUGUUUAUAGAUAUUUUAUGUUUUAAUAAUUGUAAAAUGCUAAUAUUCAGCAUUUAUUUCAAAUGACUGCAUAUGACUUGUUUUCCCAGAAAAGAAUUUGGUAAAGCAGAAAUGAAGGUUGAACAAAAUUCAACUUGAUCCUAUUUGCCAAAUAGGCAUCACUUCUAAAUUUUAAAGUUAAUGUUAAACCCAGUUAUUUCUAUGAACUGUCUUAUGACUAGUGGAAAGAUAUACGCUACAGCUACACUUACGGUUAUAUGAUAAUACUUGUGUUACACAAUGUGAUAAAUACUAUAUAAUUUGGAAGAAAAAUUUAUUAGUUUAUAUAAAGGUUUUUUAUGUCCCAUAGUUGUCCGAGUGUUAGUAGUUUUUUUUUUGCCUAUAAGCAUUAGUGCUACUAAGAUUUAUUUUAACUUCCUGUUUUAACCAUAAAGGGUCAUAGUUUAUAACUUAUAACGUUUAUAACUAAGCUUUAAGUCUUGAAAGUCCAGAACAUAUAUAUAACCAUAGUUGCUCUUUCCAGUCAUUGGAUUGGUUUAAGACUCUUUGUUAUAUGAAAUAACAUGACUACAGGUAUUUGUAAAAGCAGUGUUAUUAAGAGAGUGGAUAACAUACAGGGGUUCUAAAUAGUGCCAUCACAGUCUUAUGGGGAGAAGAAUGAGGGCAUUAUUAACCCAGAGCAGCUGUGAAAAGUGUACAUUAUUACCACUUUACUGUUACAAAUAUAUAUGUGAAAUAUUUUAUUUAAAUAUAGUUUUUAGUUCUCUGUUGCUACAAAAAAUUAUUUAAGAAUUGGUCAUAAUCUGUGGGUUUCAGACCUGUCUAAGAGAUAUGGUUGAUAGAAUUUGUAAGAAAUUGUUUUUGAUAGAUUUAAGGUGUGCAAUGUUCUGUUCUGGAAUUUGAUAAAAUAUUAUAUGAUUAAUUUAAAAUAUGAUUCAAAUUAAAACAUGCAUGCACAUGUGUACACAUGCUAAGCUAAUGACGCUAAGCUGCUAGGGAAGAUAGGAGACAGACAAUUGGCAUGCCCUUCAAAUUGACCGAGAUAAAAUAAGUGCUUAGACAACCUUGUGGCAAAUGGAAUUCAUUGUCAGUAAAUGUCAUGGUAUGGAAUGUGGAAUAGGAGAAAAUAGACUACAGACAAUCUACAAAUUAUGUGGGAAGGAAUUAAAGAACUCGAACAAUGAAAGAGAUCUAAGAAUGGUUCUGGAUAGUAGAAUGUCACCAAAGAAACACAUAAAGGACACUGCAAGGAGGAUAUGCUGUGCUUUCCCACUUCAGAAUUGCUUUCAAUUACAUGGAUGGUGACAACUUAAACAACUGAAUUCCUGAAACCAGCAACCUCAAGAACAAUAGGUCAUAAAUUCAAGCUAAGGAAACAAGUUGCUGAAAAAAAUAUUAGAAUUUUUGCAAUCAGAGUGGUAGAUAGUUGGAACAGUUAAGUGAGAAAGUUGUGGAGGCCACAACCGUCAGUAAGGCGUCAUAUACUGUCCAAAGCUUUAUAUGAUAAAGAGAGCUGGGAAGAUGGGAUACCAUGUGCAUAGCUCUCAUCCUGUAAUUAUACUUAGGUAAUUACACACACACACACACACACACGCGCGCGCAAACAGUGGUAGACAGUUGGAACAAACUAAGUGAGGUGGUGGUGCAGGCCAAAACCAUCAGUAGUUUCACAGCAUUAUACGACAAAGAGUACUGGGAAGACAGGACUCUACGAGCGUUUGUUCGUGCGCGCGCGAACUAACAAAAAUGUAUAACCAUGAUGGGAAAUGAAGCAAGAAAUUACCCAAGUGCUAUAUCUUACCUUUCCCCUCAGGUUUUAUAAAUAAGUAAAAAAUUAUGAUUAAGUGUAACUGUAUAUGUUGUGGGUGGGUGUGUGUGUGUGUUGUAGGUGUGUAAGCUGUAGAUGUGUGUGUGUUGGUUGUGGAUUACUCUUGUGGUGUCCUGCCUUCCUAGCACUCUGUCAUAUAAUGCUUUGAAACUAUUAACGAUUUUGGCAUCCACUGCCUUCUUUCUUGUUUCAACCGUCUACUACUAUGUAUACAAAGGAAAACUUUCUAAUAUUUUUCAAUACCUUUGCUUCCUUAGAUCGAAUCGAUGACCUCUUGUUCUUGGAAAUUGUAGGUUUUAAGAAUUCCUCUGUCAGUUUUGUAAAUUUCGCUUCUUAUUUUGUAUCUAGUAAUCAUAUCGUCUCUCUCUCCCUUCUAUCUUUGACAUAUUUAACACUUCUAGCCUCGCCUCAUAGUUCUUGAUUUUCAGUUACGUAAACCAUUUAGUAGCAUGUUUAGCACCUUUUUAGUUUAUUUGUGUAAUUGUUGAUGUAUGGGUACCAUACAACUGCAUAUUCAAGUUUUUGCAUGAACACUUUCUUUAAUAUUUCAUCAUCCAUGUACUGCGUUCAAAAGCAUUUCCUAAGUUAGAAAGCAUGGCAUAUGUUCCUUGUUCAAUGUCCAUUAUGUUGUCACCUGGUAACAGUCUACUAUCCAGAACCACCCUUAGAUCUCUUUCUUUGUCAGAGUUCCUUAAUGGCUUUCCACAUAAUUCAUAGGUGUAUUUACGUGUAUUUUACUGAGUGUAUUUACAGGAUGAGAGCUACGCUCGUAAUGCCCCGUCUUUUUCCAGCACUGUCAUAAAAUGCUUUGAAACUACUGACGGUUUUGGCCUCCACCACCAUCUCACUUACCUUGUUCCAACCAUCUACCACUCUGUCUGCAAAAGGGAAAUUUUCUUAUACUGUAUUUUUUUGGCAGCUUUGUUUAGUUUACUUAAAUCUGUGACCUCUUGUUCAUGAAGUUCCAGGUUUCAAAAAUUCUUCCUUAUCAAUUUUGUCGAAUCCCAUUUCUAUUUUGUAUGUAAUGAUCAUAUCGCCUCUUUCUUUUCUGUCUUCUAGUAUUGCCACAUUUAGUACCUCUAACCUCUGCUUGUUGCUCUUGUCUUUCAGUUUUGGAAGCCAUUUAGUUGCAUGUCUUUGCACCUUUUCUAGUUCGUUGAUGUGUUUCUUAAGAUAUGGGCACCAUACAACUGCUGCAUAUUCCAAAUUUGGUCUCACAAAGGCCUUGAAGAAUUUCUUUAGUAUUUCACCAUCUGUGUAUUUAUAAGCAAGUUUGAAAUUGGAAAGCGUAGCAUAGGCUCCUUGCACAAUGUUUUUUAUGUGAUCCUCUUGUGACAGUUUUCUUUUUAGAACCGCCCCUAGAUCUCUUUCUGUAUCAGAAUAUGUACAGUAUCAGAAUUUUGUUAAAGCUGUCACACAAUUUGUAGGUUGGUCUAUUUUCUCCUAUUCCACAAGGCAUUUAUUCACACUAAAUUCCAUUUGCCAUGUGGUGCUUCAUACACUUACUUUGUCCAGGUCUUCUUGAAGGGCAUGACAAUCAUUUAGGUUUCUUAUCUUCCCCCAAUAUCUUAGCAUCAUCAGUAAACAUGUUCAUAUAAUUCUGUAUGUAGAAGGCAAUUGUUUUAUAAAUAGUAUAUCAUACAAGUUUGCUUGAAUCAUCAUGUUUUAUAAAGUUGUUACUUUUGUGCUACUUUGUUAUCCACUUUGCUGUUACCUAAACCACAUUACUUGAAAAAAGUCAGUAUAUAUCAUGAUCUUCCAUUUAGUACUGUAUAGUUUUAUAUUUUGAAUAUCAUGUAAUGUUAGAAAAUGGUAAACUAUGCUUUUAAUGUUUAAAAUAUUAUGUUGAAAUGGUAGUUAAGAAGAAUCUGUACUGCAGUUUUAAUAAUACAGAAUGUUAUGCUGUACAUGCCUGCAAUGUUUAACAAUAUUUUCAACUGUACUAGUUCAAGAGCAGUAAAUUCAUUGCAUGGCUUUCAGAAAUAAGCAGACCCCAUGAGUAAAAAUUGGGAAUGAUGUCAUUUCAAGAGUACUAAAUAAAGUAGCAUUGUGGACUCUGAUAUGAAGGUAAAUUCUAUAAGAAUGUGUAUUUAUCUAGUUAGAUAUUGGUAAUUAACCCCAGCUGCACCACUGUUUUUAGCCAACAUUCCCCCAGUGUGCAGAUUUUGUUUUUUUCCUUCUUAUAUUGUUAAAAUGCAUUCCAAGAUAAGCAAGAAGUACAACAAAAUUGUAUAGGGCUUACUUUGGCCAUGUUGAAGCCCAAAAGUCGGGCAAUUCUUGAGUGUUCAUUCAGCAGUUGUAUCACAAAAUAUGUAGAACAUGGUUACACAUAAAUAUUUGUGUUGCUAAUAUGCGCACAAUAUUAUAUUCUUUGAACAAUAAAAGGUACAGUUUUUGCUGUUAUUACACUAUAUUCAAAUGUCAUGUAGACUACAUGUUUAUUCACUGUUUGGAACCAUUAAGAAGUCCUGGUGGGAAUGGUAAUCUCGUAACUACGAUCCAAGGUCAGCCUAGCACCACACACGUCUUGCACCAAGUUGUAAGUACACGCAUUGAACAUAUUGAAUUUUCUUUCUAUAUUUAUUGAUAUUGCGUCUUCAAGUACAAUGAUGCAUUGGGCUGUAAGUAAUGUUAUUUGUAUCACAGAACUUGAGAACAUAUAGAUAUACACACACAUUUGUCACUAAUAUGCACACAAUAUUCUUUGAACAAUAAAACAUAGUUUUAAUGUUAUUACUCUAUACACACAUGACAUAUAUAUGUCUGUCUACAUUUUUAUGCACCAUAAUGAACCAGUAAGCAGAUCUGGUGGGUGUGGAAUGAAAUUGAAGCACAACAUGGGAGAUGAUCAGCAGACAACGCCAACAGAUGAUGGCACCUGACACAGCAAAAUACCUCCAGUAUACUACGCACAUCCCUAUUACUGUAUUACUAUGCAAUACUGCUGUUGUUAUUAUCAGAUUCCUGUCACUAAAUCAUGAAUAUGAAUAAUUUCCACAAGCUUAUUUCUAAAGGAACACGACGUCACAUUCGAUUAUCCAUAGAGGCAUGAAACUAUAGAUGUGUGCUGUGAAUGUCUGCCUCCUGCUGUGAGCAUCAUAACUACAGUACCAUUGUAUUUCUAAUAUUUAAAUCUUGUACAUAGUCUCUGUCAAAGUCAGGAUCGUCUAUGACACUAUCAACAGAAAAGAAUUAAUUAUUUCAUCCAUAUUAAGUGAUGCUGUGGGCACAAGCUGCAUGGUAGGGUUGUGAGCUGCAGCACACAUUAAACACAGAAAUCACAAUGUAAAUUUUGUGAGAAAUCUUUAAAGAAUUCUGAUAGAGAGAUCUUGGGGUGGUUCUAGACAGAAAACUAUCACCUGAGGACCACAUAAAAAACUGUGUGAGGAGCC